AUGAAGUUCCAGCUCCUCUCCCUCUUCUCCCUCCUCCUCUCAUCCGCCACCGCCGCUCCGUCGCCGCCCAAGCCCAAGGCCUUCGACAUCAUGGCCCUCCGGUCCGCCAGUCCCAUCCACUUCUCGCAGGUCAGCGCCGCCAGAAGCGGUCUGUUCCUCGGCCUGCCGCAGCAGAAUGCGACGUGCAAGGGCGGCAAGUCGAGCGAGUAUGCGACGUUUUCUGUUGAGAACGAGGAGCUGGUGCUGUAUUCGUGCGAGGGGGUGAAGCAGAAGGUGUUUGUGGAUCGAUCUGGCAUGGGACAGGGAAUAGUAGGCUACAUUACUGGCGAUGCUCCUCUUCCGCGCUAUGGAGAGCUCAAGGGCUGGAAGGUCGAUGCGAGUCAGAACCUGUGGUUCAAGGACGUCGGCUUGAUUGCGUGUCCGAAUAGCAUUGAUGGGUCGUGGAGGAUUUGGCUGGGGUUGGGAUUGCAGACGCCUGGGGGGAAUCAGGGAUGUUUGGGCUUCACGGCGAGGACGUUGGAGAAUGCGAAGCCGGUGAGCUGUCGGUAUACGCAGGGGUAG